GAGUGUCUGAUCAUUGUGAAAUGGCAGACUUCGUUAAGAGAGGUAGUGUACAGCUCGUCAAGAGGAGCAGUGUUCAGAUAAGACAAGCUGCCAAGGAAGUACGAGCGGCUGUGAGAGCACGACACAUAGUAGCUGGCCUCGUAGGAGUAGGUUUUGCUCUCUGCGGUGCAGUGGAAGUCAGUUCUUCAGUUGCUCUACUUGCAAAUCUCGAGGACAAUCAUGCAAUCAUCGAUACUUCUUGGCAUUGUGACAUGCUCGUCAACGUCAGUAGUCGAAAUCGCACAGAGGAUGUCCAAAUCAUUGCCUUCGAGCGCAUUUCAUUCCGGCGGCUCUUCUCUUCGUCGCUGGUUACGCAGGGUGUCAAGCACUGGGUGCAGCCUGGUUAGGAAUAGCUGCCCUUCUGGUCUCCGGAACAGCUCCAGCUGGGGCAUUAGCUGCGAUAGCUGAUCUCGCACCUGAAGAAUCCCCUUCAUGUGCAGCAGCCGCUUGUGCACUGUGCUCUACACUAGGUGCAGCAGGACUCCUAGCCGCCAAUUAUUUCGUCACGCAGGCACUUCAUGGAUCGAUCGCGGGUUCCUGGCGGUUGGUCUUCGGCGUGGCUUCACUAGUUCUUCUCGUAACUGCGGCUGUCUUCCUCGCCCUGGGAAAGGGCGUACCUCAGCCCUGGAUACCCUCCGUAGCUAGACCACGCAGUCAUGAUGUUAUUUACGAGCAAGAUGCCCUUGAACUGGAUUACGAGGAUGUUGGUGUGCAAACCGAGCCAUACGAUCUUUACGAGGUGGAAGACGUCGAGAGCCUCAAAGAGGUCCCACGAUCGUCCUCCAUCCACUCAAAACACUCCGUCGAGUCGACCAACUGAACUGGGAAGUAAAUGGCUGUAGUUAUAACUUAUUAUAACUUAUCAUUCAUCCUGCGGAAGUGAUGGGUAUUACGGGGGCAUUAAACAGUUUUCCCAUCCAUGGGAAAUGUAUUUGUCUUAUCGACGUCAGGUCGUUUGAAAUCAUCCCAUCAAUGGGAUUACGUAAAAGUAUUUGACGUUCGGAAAAAAUUGUCGGUUAACGCAGGGCUUUCAUCGAGGAAUUCUACUCAAUUGAAACCAGUAGAACAAGUAAUACAUAAAAAAAUUCUGCCAAGUAAUUCUUAAACGAAAAGUUACGACACAAUGAGUUAUACGGGAAGAUCACCAUCGGCAAAUAAUUUUUAAUAACAUUCGGCCAAAAAUAAAUAUAUUGCAAUAUUGCCACAGAAUUCUGAUUGAAUUCUUUGAGAAUUAUUAUGAAUUUUAAAUAGAAAUUUAGAAUUUCUCAAAGAAAGCGCAUAAUUUUUCUAUUAAUUUUUUUCGUACCUGUUCUUUCUCGGUUAAGUAGAAUAAACUAUUUGUUAUAAUUGUGGAUUUUUCAUUACUGUUAAUUAAGAAUAUUUAUCUGAAAGACCAAUAGCUCGAGGCUAUUACCCUGAUAUAGAAUAAAAAAUAUCUACGAAAUGUUA